CAAAUACUCCCCCAGACCCACUUGUCUAAACCCUAAAAAUCCAAAUUACAUUGCAUUUUGCUUCCCACAGAAUACAGAGCAGAACAGUGCCGAAUCCGCCGCCAUGGAAAUCGAAGAGGCUAUUAACGAAGUGGAAAUGGAACCCAUAGCAGCGGCGGCGGCGGCUAUACCGAAGGAGCCGCCGAAGAUAAAGCGGCUGGAGGAAUCAGUAGUGAACAGAAUCGCAGCUGGGGAAGUAAUCCAACGGCCAGUAUCUGCAGUAAAAGAGCUCAUCGAAAACAGCUUAGAUGCUAAUUCCACCUCUAUCUCCGUCGUCGUUAAGGAUUCCGGCCUUAAACUUAUCCAAGUUUCCGACGACGGCCACGGCAUACGUUACGAAGAUUUACCCAUUUUAUGCGAGCGGCACACGACGUCUAAGCUGAGUAAGUUUGAAGAUUUACAGACGAUUAGUUCAAUGGGAUUUAGAGGUGAAGCUUUAGCUAGUAUGACUUACGUAGGUCACGUAACUGUCACUACUAUUACCGACGGCCAGCUGUACGGAUACAGAGCAACGUAUAGAGAUGGUUUAAUGGUAGAUGAACCAAAACCUUGUGCUGCUGUUAAAGGUACACAGAUAAUGAUUGAGAAUUUAUUUUAUAACAUGGCGGCGCGAAGGAAAACCCUAGAGAAUUCUUCGGCCGAUGAUUAUCCGAAAAUUGUUGACCUAAUUAGUAGGUUUGCAAUUCAUCACAUUAAUGUGAGCUUCUCUUGUAGAAAACAUGGAGCUGGUAGAGCAGAUGUUUACAGUCUAGCUACUUGUUCGAGGAUUGAUUCGAUUAGAUCUGUUUAUGGAGUUUCAGUUGCUCGAAAUCUGAUGAAAAUUGAAGUUUCUGAUACUGGUUUUAAGAUGGACGGUUUCAUUUCUGACUCGAAUUAUAUUGCAAAGAAGAUAACUAUGGUUCUUUUUAUAAAUGAUAGGCUCGUUGAUUGUAGUGCUUUGAAAAGGGCAAUUGAAAUUGUAUAUACUGCAACAUUGCCUAAAGCAUCGAAACCUUUUAUAUACAUGUCAAUCGUUUUGCCACCUCAGCACGUUGAUGUGAAUGUACACCCAACAAAGAGAGAGGUAAGCCUUAUGAAUCAAGAAUUCAUCAUUGAGAAGAUACAGUCUGUGGUAGAGUCGAAAUUGAGAAGCUCGAAUGAGUCGAGGAGAUUCCAGGAACAGACCAUGGAUUUUUGUUCUUCAAGUCCAGUGGCCACAAUUAAAGAUUCCAGUAAAGAUUGUCCGUCUUCAUCUGGGAUAAAGUCGCAAAAAGCGCCACAUAAAAUGGUACGAACGGAUACGCUGGACCCUUCUGGAAGGUUGCACGCGUACAUGCAAAUGAAGCCUCCUAGUAAUUCAGAAAGAGGAGGUUCUUGCUUGAGCUCGGUGAGGUCUUCUAUUAGACAAAGGAGGAAUCCUAGUGAAACUGCGGACCUCACUAGCAUCCAAGAACUAGUUAAUGAGAUUGAAAUUGAUUGUCACCCUGGUCUAUUAGACGUUGUUAGGCAUUGCACGUAUAUUGGGAUGGCGGAUGAAGUUUUUGCUUUGAUUCAACACAACACACACCUUUAUCUUGUUAAUGUGAUUAACUUGAGUAAAGAGCUUAUGUAUCAGCAAGUUUUACGUCGGUUUGCACAUUUCAAUGCAAUUCAACUAAGUGAACCGGCGUCAUUACCCGAGCUAAUAAUGCUUGCUCUGAAAGAAGAAGAGGGUUUAGAUCCACAAGGCAAUGAAAGCAAUGAGCUAAGAGGAAAGAUCGCCGAGAUGAAUACAGAACUGCUCAAGGAAAAAGCAGAAAUGCUAGGGGAGUAUUUUAGUGUUUAUAUCGAUUCAAAUGGCAAUUUGUCUAGACUUCCUGUUAUACUUGAUCAGUACACACCUGACAUGGACCGCAUCCCAGAAUUUAUACUUUGUUUGGGCAAUGAUGUUGACUGGGAAGACGAGAAAGUUUGUUUUCAGACAAUUGCCGCUGCCCUUGGAAAUUUGUAUGCCAUGCAUCCUCCAUUAUUGCCUAAACCCUCGGGUGAUGGCUUGAAAUUCUACAGAAAGAGAAUGCUUUCGAGUGGUUCAGUUGGAACUUAUAUGGAAAACAUAGAGAAUGAUACCGCGGAGUCUGAAUUUGAGGCAGAAUUACUUUUGGAGGCUGAAAAUGCCUGGGCUCAACGCGAAUGGUCGAUUCAGCAUGUUCUGUUUCCCUCCCUCAGACUCUUCUCCAAGCCCCCUGCUUCUAUGGCUAAAAAUGGAACUUUUGUUCAGGUUGCAUCACUGGAAAAGCUCUACAGAAUUUUCGAGAGAUGUUAAAACAUUGGAGAAUUUUGACGUGGCUUCCUUGAAGCAAAAUGAUGUAGAUAUGUACAGCUUCUGAAUUGAGGACUAUAUUCCCCUUCCCCUUACCCCUACCCCAAAGAGGAAAAAUUAAAACAGGUACGAUACAUUCCUUUUUGCAGUGAAGAUGUCCGGAUUAGCUUUUUGUCCUCUACAUACCUUCGUUGUGAACAAAAGCAAAAUGGAAGGUAAUGGAAAGUAAGAGUUCGUUCCUACUCAAAUACACUGCUCUGUUAAUCGGCAUCUCAGACAGGGAAAUAGUACCCCAAAUCCUCAAAUAUUGCGAAAUGGCUUCUUGAAGAGAUUCAGUUAGCCAGAAUCUCUUAAAUGUGGUUCUCCACAAUUUUUGAGUAUUUUGAUAGUUAGGAGUUGGGAGAAGACUGGAAAUUGAUUUUGAGUUAGUUCUGAGGAUUUAGGGUUUAGAUUCAUGUACAUAUUCAGAGAUCUAAAUUCGCAGCAGUAAAAUCACAGAGGCAGUAGCUUUCACAUCCACAUGAUUCUCUUUUAGAAUAAUUUUGCAGCAUGUGUUUCUCAUACAAUAGUUCAUGUGUUUUGCUGCAGUAGAUUCAUGUGUUUUGCAAAUAAGCAAGUUAUUUAGUUAUUUCAUCAAAAUAUUAGUACAUGCAUUAACCAUCAGUGAGGGUGUGCAACUGUGCAUUGCAUAUAGCUAUGAAAUCCUCCAAUUUUCGCACACUUGAAUGAUACAGUAACCCCUACACUUAAAUAUAAAACAUCCCCACAUGUUCAUUGAAAUGGAUUCUUCAAUAAAGGUUUACUUUUUUCAUUGAGAGAAGGAAAUAAAGGAAAGCAGAAUUACAUAAGUAACCAUGUACAUGAAACUUCACUUGAUAAGCUAUAAGAAAGUAAGUGCAUAAGCUUCGAGUUUUUCUUCUUAUCAUCUUUUUACACCGAUAAUACAGUUCAUGUUGUUGUAUCUGUCUUAGCCACAACUUAUGAAGCUUACUGCAAAUAGUUUUUGUUCCUCUGCUAUAUUAUUUUUAGGAAAUAUACUUACUGAAAGGCCAAAAAUGUCUAUGCUCUUGCUGGCUGCUUCCUCAAUAGUCACUGUUACCAUAGAGGUAAAGCCAUUGAUCUGAGUCGAAGCUCUAGUUGAAAGGCAUUCAACAGGCUGGGUUGAGAUAUUAGUCAAGGCCAGAAGCCAGUUUAAGGAGUGUAGGUAGCAUUCUUCUCUUUUCUCAUAUAGGGAAGUUUAACUUGUAGAAAACAUAUUUUCAAAUGUUAUGUCUCUUCAUUUGUCUUCCAGCAAUCCAUUUUGGGAUAUUGUGUAGUGAUUUGUUAUGGUUA